GAUUGCUCCGCGUAGCAGCCCGCGCGCUCCGCCCCUCUGAGUCCUCGGCGUGAGGGAGGAGGAGGCUGAUCGUCAGGCUCGUUGUUGAGCGAAGCCAUGGGAGUGCAAGUGGAGACUAUCACCCCCGGAGAUGGGCAAACCUUCCCCAAGGCUGGGCAGACCUGCGUUGUUCAUUAUACGGGAUCACUGAAGGAUGGAACAAAGUUUGAUUCUUCCCGGGAUCGAUCUAAGCCGUUUAAAUUUAAAAUUGGUCGAAAUGAGGUCAUCAGGGGCUGGGACGAAGGAUUAGCUCAGAUGAGUGUUGGACAGAGAGCAAAACUGACCUGCACUUCUGACUAUGCUUAUGGAGAUUCUGGCCACCCUGGUGUCAUCCCACCCAAUGCUACUUUGAUCUUUGAUGUAGAGCUCUUGAGACUUGAGUGAAAGCAUUGUUUGGUUUGUUUCCUGCUUUUGGCACAUACACAUUAGAGUUUGAAGAUUUUGUCCAUUCAAUGUGCAGGACUUGGUUAUAAUCACACUACAUUUACUUUCUCCAUCUGCAAUCUGCAGUAUGUCAGCAACACAUCUGCUUCUCUCCUGUUUCUUUUGAUCUGUAACUUAAUCUAAUGUUAAUCCUAAACAGUGUUUUACUUUUCAAAUUGUGCUUUGCUUUCUGAUAAUCUUAAAUUGCAUGUGAUAAAGUAUUAAUGUCAAGGUUCCUGUCAAGUCUAAAAGAAAGCUGAUGAUUUAUGACACUACUAAUUUUAUGCUUUAAAAAUUUAAUGUUAAUAGUUUCAAAUUGACUUGGUACAUUAAAACAUCAUAAGCUGAAAAAAAGUGUUAAUGUGGCUAUACAGAUUGCAGUCUUUUAAACUUGCCCAUUUUGAAUAGAAGUUGUGCUAUUGUAGUCUGUUUAUACUGUAUAAAUCCUAAUGCCAAAUAGUGUCAACACAAACUUAUCAUUGGGGAUUAUCCAAAACUCAGUAAAAUUGAUCCAUCUAAGACCCAUCCAACUAAGGUCUAUUUGGGGAGAUAGGAGUGAAAGGGGGAUCAGUUUACCUUUUGUCAAUUCUUGCUUGUGUUUUUAAACAACCAGUGUUUUUCUCUGGUAGCAUACAGGCCCAGUUGCCAAAUUUUAACUUUGCAUGUUGUGUUUAUCAAGACCUUUUCAAAAUAUUUGAUUCUACAUGUAAGUAUCUUGACAGGAUGUGUUCUUAAAUGCCAUUAACUUGGGACAAAAUGGUCAUUGUUCCCCUGAAUGUUUAAAACCUGGUGCUGGGUAGGAAUUGAUGUUGAUUUUCAUCUUUUAUUUUGGAACAGAGGAUGUGUUGAUUAAUACACUUUCAAAAAUCAUCAUUUGCUAAUGGACAAUUUCUCACCUCAUCUGUAGAGCAUCCAGUGAUGUUUUUACUUCAGUUGGGAAUCAAAAGGCAGCAGAAUCAUGGAGGCUGGUAAACUCAGUGGCACUGAAUUAAUGUAGGGACCAUAAAUGUGUAAGUUGCACUGUUAGCACUGGCAGAGGCCCAACCUCAUACCAGUGGAAUGGAUGUACAGUACCUGUUCUAGAGUUAUUGCAGAGUACACAUUAGGCUAGACACUUCUUCCUCUGGAGUUAUCCUUGCCUCAGCCAUUCUUUGAGGAUUAGUUAGUGUGACCUUCUUUGUAACAAGUUAAGUAUGUGCUAGCAACACAUUUGUAAGCAGAAAAUGUUGAUCAUCACUGCUGCCAUCCCAUCUCCAUCAAUUCAGUGUGGCUUAUGAUACUUUUAACUGCCUUUAGCUCUGAUCAGCAAUUCAUUUUGGAAUUCAUUGCUUUUACAAUAAAAUGCUUUCUGCCAA